UGGUGGGGGCAUCCAUGGCGGUCUUUGAUUCCUCCUCCAUUGUCUUCUAGGGCUUCUCGCUUCUGAUCUGAGCUCUGCGCAGGAAAAGAAACGGUGGAAAGCCAAGAUGAUGUCCAGAUCGUACACCAACCUUCUCGAUUUGGCCUCGGGGAACUUUGAGGCGCUGAGUCUUGGCGGCGGCGGCGGAGGCGGAGGAGGAGGAGGAGGAGCGCGAGGGUUGCGGCGGAUGUCUAGAGUGAUGACGGUGCCGUGUUCGCUGGCGGAACUGCAGGAGGAGGAGGAGCGGGCUAGCAGCGUGGCCUCCGACGUGCAGUCCUCGCAGGCGCAGGAGCGGAUCAUCAUCGUGGCCAACCAGCUCCCGGUGCGGGCUCGCCGCCGUCCGGACGGCCGCGGGUGGAGCUUCUCCUGGGACGAGGACUCCCUCCUUCUCCAGCUCAAGGACGGGCUCCCGGAAGACAUGGAGGUGCUCUACGUUGGCUCCCUCCAAGUCGACGUGGAGGCUCACGAGCAGGACGAUGUGGCACAGACGCUGCUCGAUCGGUUCAAGUGCGUGCCGGCCUUCCUCCCUCCGGAUCUGUAUGACCGCUUCUACCAUGGAUUCUGCAAGCGCCGCCUCUGGCAGCUCUUCCACUACAUGCUUCCCUUCUCCGCCUCCUCCUCCUCCCGAAGCGCUCGCUUCGAUCGGUCCUUGUGGGAGGCAUACGUCCUCGCCAACAAGCUCUUCUCCAAUAAGGUGAUCGAGGUGAUCAACCCGGAAGACGACUACGUCUGGAUCCACGACUACCACCUUAUGGCCCUCCCAACUUUUCUCCGCCGCCGCUUCAAUCGCCUCCGGAUGGGCUUUUUCCUCCACGUCCCGUUCCCUUCUUCUGAGAUCUACCGCACUCUCCCCUUUCGCGAGGAGAUCCUCAAAGCCCUCCUCAACUGCGACCUCAUCGGCUUCCACACAUUUGACUACGCCCGCCACUUCCUCUCCUGCUGCAGCCGCAUGCUUGGCAUCGAAUACCAAUCCAAGCGUGGCUACAUCGGCCUGGACUACUUUGGUCGCACCAUCGGGAUCAAGAUUUUACCCGUCGGCAUCCACAUGAGCCAGCUUCAGUCCAUGCUCCGCCUCCCCGACAAGGAGUGGCGGGUAAACGAGCUUCGCCAGCAGUUUGACGGAAAAACCGUUCUCCUCGGCGUCGACGACAUGGACUUAUUCAAAGGGAUCAACCUCAAGCUGCUUGCUUUUGAGCAGAUGCUAAAACUUCACCCCAAGUGGCAGGGGAGAGCAGUCCUCGUCCAAAUUGCCAAUCCAGCAAGGGCCCAAGGAAAGGAUCUCAAAGAGAUCCAGGACGAGAUUGACGAGAGCUGUCAAAGGAUCAAUGCGACCUUUGGUCAUGAAGGGUACAGCCCAGUGGUUCUCAUCGAGCGACCCAUGUCGGCGGUUGAGAAGAUUGCUUACUAUACUAUUGCGGACUGUGUAGUUGUCACUGCUGUUAGGGACGGCUUGAACUUGACUCCCUAUGAGUACAUUGUUUGCAGACAAGGGGCAUUUGACUCCAAUGACUCAGUGGCAAAUGACCCAAACAAGAGCAUGCUGGUGGUCUCAGAAUUCAUUGGUUGCUCUCCCUCUCUUAGCGGUGCGAUUCGAGUCAACCCAUGGAAUAUAGAGACCACUGGGGAAGCAAUGAAUGAGGCUAUCUCCCUUUCUGAUGGGGAGAAACAAUUGCGACAUGAGAAACACUACCGUUAUGUCAAAACUCAUGAUGUCGCUUAUUGGUCAAAGAGCUUCAUGCAGGACUUGGAGAGAACCUGCAAGGACCAUUUCAGGAGGAGCAGUUGGGGAAUUGGUCUUGGAUUUGGAUUCAGGGUGGUGGCAAUGGAUCCCAAUUUUAGAAAGCUUGAUGCUGAACAAAUUGUCUCAGCUUAUACAAAUUCUAAGAGUAGGGCUAUCUUACUGGAUUAUGAUGGAACAUUGGUGCCACAAACAUCCAUCAACAAAAAGCCUAACCUAGAAGUUAUUAGGAUAGUCAAUACUCUUUGUGAAGAUAACAACAAUGUAGUUUUUAUUGUCAGUGGAAGAGGCCGGCAAAGUCUAAAUGAUUGGUUUUCACCAUGCGAGGAGCUUGGAAUUGCAGCAGAACAUGGAUACUUCAUUAGGUGGACUCAACAUGAAGGAUGGGAAACCCAUAGCCAGGCCAUGGAUUUUUCAUGGAUGCAGAUUGCUGAACCCGUGAUGAAACUGUAUACAGAGUCUACUGAUGGAUCUGCUAUUGAAACCAAAGAAAGUGCUUUAGUUUGGCAUCAUAGGGAUGCAGAGCCUGGGUUUGGGUCUUCCCAGGCAAAGGAAAUGCUGGAUCAUUUAGAGAGUGUACUUACAAAUGAACCUGUCACUGUGAAGAGUGGCAAGUUUAUUGUUGAAGUUAAACCUCAGGGAGUUAGCAAAGGCCUAGUAGCAGAGAAAAUUCUGUCGUCAAUGGCUGCAAAGGGAAGACCAGCUGAUUUUUUGCUGUGCAUUGGGGAUGACAGGUCAGAUGAGGACAUGUUUGAAGGCAUUUCUGGUGUAGUAGCAAAGGAUAUGGUAGCUUCUAAUGCGUUAAUGUUUGGUUGCACUGUUGGCCAGAAGCCAAGCAAGGCUCGCUAUUACUUGGAUGAUACAAAUGCUGUCUUACACACACUUUCAGCACUUGCUGAUGCCUCUGAGUCUUCCAUUUCGUUCGAGGAGACAAUUGAACUACCCCCAUCCACUCAGAUCUAAAUUGAUAAUUCACAGUGAUAGUUUGUUCGUAGUAGCUCUUGCAUUGCAUUGGAUUUCCCAAAAUUUUCCCAUGGCCCUCAAAACCAACAUAGAUCUGAACAUCUGAUUGACUUGUGUAUUUAUGUCUGAUCAGAUUGCUUAGAAGAAAAUACUCUGUUCAUGUUCGGAGAUUCUGCAAGGAAGAAACAUUUCCAAUGAUCUAUAUACUCGCAUAGUAGCAGCCCAUUCCCUGCUGAGGCGAGUUAUUCCACUUAAUUGAUCGGGAGCCAGGUUAGGAAGAAGAAAUUUACGACUACUACCAUUUUUUUGACAUUCUUGUGAAUGAAGAUCAAUGCGAAAUGUAGAUUAAUGGCUUCAACAUGUCAACCAACUGAAUAUUAUUGAUCGUGUGUUUUCAACUAAAAGUGUGAAAUUGCAUUAAAUUUUUUUUGGUUA